CUCCGAGCGGGGCCGUUUUGGUCAUUGCGCGAGGCAAAACCCCGGGAAAAAAUACAACCGGUACCAACCGCCUCCUUAGAAACUGUCAGCGGUUAGAGACCAAAAAGCAAAGAGACAGUAGCUGACCUCCACGUUCUUCUUCUUCAUCUUGCAAAGCAGAAGAACAGCGACCGGAUUUUUGUUCUCUUUUCUCUGCAAUUUUGAUCUGAAAACGCUCUCUCAUGGCUUCGGUUCUUCGCCGGAGAUUCUUUGCUCUCAUGUCGGUUCUCUUCCUCGUGAUUGUUUCUGACACUCGCCUCGUCGACGGCCAGCAAAACAUCGAGGUCUUCUAUCCAGGCUUGCCGCCGAUCCCCGCCCCAACGCCUCCAACCAACCCUCCGGCCUCCCCGCCGCCGCCACCGGUGGUGCUUCCGCCCCCGCCGCAGCUGCCGCCCCCUUCGCCUUCUGGCACAGGCAAGCAGACCAUUGCCAAGGCGGUCGCGGCCACGGCGGCGAGCACGCUGGUGAUUUCGGGGCUGUUGAUCCUUCUGCUCAAGAGGCGCGCGGUCGCGCGGAGUAGGAAGGAGGAGAGCGGCUCCACUGGCGGUCUCCCGACCAUCAUGCGCGACGACUUUAGGCGGUUCGAUGGCAAUAUUAAGGGACUGAUAGUGGAUGAGAAUGGGCUGGACGUUCUUUAUUGGAGGAAGCUUCAGGGGAGGAGCGGCAAGACCAACAUCAAAAUGGAGGCUUUGGGGAGCUCCAAAGAAGGAGCAGAAGCGGCAGAGGAGGAAGGCACAGCGCCUAGAAGAGAUCGCCGGAGAAACUCCGAGCCAAUCCAGGAAGUCCAUUUGCUCCGAGAGAAGUCCUCGACUUCCUACGGCCAAUUUAAACCGGAAGCAAACGACCUGGUUCAGAAUGUCAUGCCUGCUUUGUCGUCUCCUCCGCCUGCCGGGCUCGUCCUAGAGGCCGUGGAGAAAUCCACCGUGUCAACUCGACCGCCAAAUGCUCCUGCUCCACCGGCACCGGCUCUGCUGCUGGUGCCACCACCACCUACUCCACCAUUAGCACCACCCAAAAGGUCAACGGAGGUACUCACCUCAUCAGCAAUCGGAACCAAUACAAGGGCCCCACCACCACCCCCUCCACCAAUCCCAGCUGCGAAAGUGCCGCCGCCUCCACCCCCUCCGAAGGCGGGUGGUCCGGCUUCAUCACUAAAACCUCCCCCGCCAUUGCCAAAAGCAAUGCCAGGUGCCAAUAAACCAGGUGAAUUGUCAUUGGGGAGCGCUCAAACAGGAACAGAUCAGGUGAAGCUGAAACCACUGCACUGGGAUAAGGUGAACAUUGCCAACACGGAACAUUCGAUGGUGUGGAACAAAAUUGAGGGUGGUUCUUUCAAGUUUGAUGAUGAUAUGAUGGCAGCUCUAUUCGGAUCUGUUGCUGCGAAUCGCAAAUCUCCUCGAGGGAACACAAGUACAGCGAUUCCAAGUGCUGUCAGUCCGGGCUCGUCAGGACAGAUCUUCACACUCGAUCCUCGACGGUCACAGAACAUCGCGAUUGUGCUCAAGUCUCUGACUGUUUCCCGCAAAGAAAUUCUCGGUGCACUCACCGAAGGCCAAGGCCUAGAUGCCGAUGCUCUCGAAAAGCUUGACAGGAUGGCCCCGACGAAAGAAGAGGAAGCCCAGAUCCUUGGAUUCGCUGGCGACCCCACAAGACUUGCCGAUGCAGAAUCUUUCCUCUACCACCUCCUCAAAGCUGUCCCCUCCGCUUUCACUCGUUUCAGUGCCAUGCUGUUUAGGCUGAACUACGAAUCAGAGAUCCUGCAGCUAAAAGAAUCUCUACAAAUAAUUGAAUCGGGGUGCAAGGAGCUUCGAUCGCGAGGACUCUUCAUGAAACUAUUGGAAGCGAUCCUUAAGGCCGGCAAUCACAUGAAUGCUGGAACUUCCCGAGGAAAUGCACAAGCCUUCAACCUUAACUCUUUGCGAAAACUCUCCGAUGUCAAAAGCACGGACGGAAAGACUACCUUGCUUCACUUUGUCGUGGAAGAAGUGGUCCGAGCAGAGGGGAAACGCUGCGUCGCCAACCGGAACCGUAGCUUGAGCCGCACCAGCAGCCAGAGCAGCAGUGCGAACACAAAUCCUGAGAAUCGGACAUCGAGAGAGGAAAGAGAGAAGGAGUACAUGAUGUUAGGAUUGCCAAUUGUAGGAGGUCUCAGCGCCGAGUUCUCUUACGUGAAGAAAGCCGCGGCAAUUGACUAUGAAACCUUUGCUGCCACAUGUGCAGCUCUCACGUCCCGUAUAGAGGAAAUCCGGCAACUCCUGUCUCAAGGUACAAGGGACGGAGGAGGGUUCGUGAGAGUAAUGCAAGGAUUUCUCAAAGCCGCCGAGAACGAAUUGAGUGCCAUGAGGAAAGAUCGGGCAGCUGUGACGGCGAUGGUGAAGAAGACAACUGAGUACUACCAAGCAGGGGCCUCAAAGGACAAAGGAGCAAACCCACUUCAGCUGUUUGUUAUUGUUAAGGAUUUCCUGAACAUGGUCGAUCAGGCGUGUGUUGAAAUUGCUCGAAACCAGCAGAGGAGGAAAACGGCAGCGCCAAGCACGGGGUCAUCGUCGCCAACAUCUCCUGCAACAAGACCCCCCGUGAGGUUCCCAAAGUUGCCAUCACAUUUCCUGUCGGAGAAGUCCCGGAGCACGUCUAGCGAAUCCGAUACAGAUUUCUGAUUCGGCUUGUUUUUGAAAGGGAACAAGCUAGAGUGUAUAGGCAUCAUAGAAACUGUACUAUACGAGGACGCGUCGAGCAUUCUUUCAUUCGCAUCAUAUUCUUUCCCAAUUAUUGGUAAAUAUGAUCGUGUAUAUCAGUUUUUUUCGUCACACUUGCUGAUGCAAUGUUGUCUUUUUACGUCACUUGAGGAGUUAGUGCGCGUGGUGGAUACAA